UUGGCAAGAACAAUCCAGGAAAGAUGUUUAAAUCCCUCUUGUCACCAUUUUGGGUGGAAAAAUCCGCACAGGAAGCUGCUAAUUCGCAGAGUCUAAAGCGCCAGCACUCAUUCUGUGAGAAUGCAACCCGCAAGAAACAGGAUCGGUUGAUACGACGACUGUCUGGGACCCUCUACAACACCAGGUUAGAGGGUAACAGAAUGAAUAUUCCCCAUCGUAUCUUGUCGGCGGAUGGCACAACCAAGUCUCUCACUGAGUCUGACUAUAGCGGGGAGUAUGGGGCAUCAAUAUCUUCUGUGGAUGGUCUGACCAUGAGUCGAGACAGCCAAGAGUCCCUGGACAAACAUGGCAGCUUGCCACGCAUGAAGAGUUUCGAUGCAGCCGUGUUUGAAAUCCUCAGAGUCCCGCCGGAGGAGUUUGCUAGCCAGAUUACCCUGAUGGACCUGCCCGUGUUUCAAGCAAUUCAGCCAGACGAGCUAACGUCCUGCGCGUGGACCAACAAACACAAGCUGAUCAAGGCGCCAAAUGUUGUGGCAUUCACUCGACGCUUCAAUCAUGUAAAUUUUUGGGUCCAACGAGAAAUUUUAAACACACAGACGGACAAAACUCGUGCAGAAGUGCUAGCUCACUUUAUCAAGAUUGGGCGAAAACUUCUGGAGCUCAACAACCUUCAUGCUGUGAUGGCCGUGGUGUCUGCCUUACAGAGUGCAGCCAUAUUCAGGCUCUCCAAGACGUGGACUAUUUUGUCCAAGAAAGAUAAAUCUUCAUAUGAGAAAAUGGCGGACAUUUUCUCCGAAAAUAACAAUCGCCAGAAACUCCGAGAUUACAUGGAUAAUGUGAAACUCCCCUGCAUUCCUUAUUUGGGCCUAUACCUUACGGAUCUGAUAUACAUUGAUGUUGCUCACCCCCAUCACGGUGGCAUGGAGAGCCACAAUAGAAAACUGCAGAUGAACAACAUUCUAAGAGUGCUUGCAGAGUUGCAGCAGUCCACAUAUGAUCUAGAGUACAAAGAGCAUGUUCAGAAUUACCUGAAGUCUGUGAGAUAUAUAGAGGAGCUACAGAAGUUUGUGGAGGACGAUAAUUACAAGUUGUCAUUAAAAGUGGAGCCGCCUAUUUCGAGUCACUCAUUGUCAUCAUCUCGUGAGGACAUCAACAAGUGCCCCCCGUCCCCUACGGCUGAACCCCGCUAUACCCUCGGGGCUCUGACCCCAGGGCCAGGCAGCUCCGUGAAAUACCAGCAGGGAGGUCAUCGAAAGUCCAAAAGUCUUAGUGCCAAUGGUGAACCAGCCUCCCCACGUAAAGUAUGGCGCUGCUAUUGCCGCCAGUUGAUGUAUGAAAUGGACAUACACUGUCCUACAUGUUUUUCUUGCCCCAGUUUCCUCAGCUGUACGAGCGCGAAUGUGGAGCGAGCCAACAGUCUCCCGACCACAAGGUCCACCGCCCCGUACCUGAACGGUGUGCGUCACCUGCUGGAUGAUAGCGUACUUGAGGAAUCGUCGUGUGCAUCUAGCGAUGGGUCCAUCUCUAAACCAGGAGAAAGUGAAGAUCCAUCCGAAACCAGUUCUAUUGAGCCAGAAAACUUCUGGAUAAAUGACCACUCUCAGCGUGUCACGGAGUAUUCAGAGAAAGACUUCCAGCAGAGCUUCACGUGUCAGGGUUGUGUGAAACGGAAAACGGUGCUAAAGGAGGGUCGUAAGCCUGCAGUGACUCCAUGGUCAAGGUACUGGGUAGCCCUUUGGGGCACCAACAUUCUCUACUAUCCUGCCAAAGAUCUGAGGGGCUCACAGCGCCAUAAUUUUAAGACCAACCCGUCAAAAAUGACGUCAGUUGUUGGUUGGGUGGUAGUGCUGGGCGACAACCCUCAUCAGCCUGAUGCAUUCCAACUGACUGACGCAGCAAAAGUUACGGGAGACAACCCCCAUCAGCCUGAUGCAUUCCAACUGACUGACGCAGCAAAAGGUAAUACAUUAUCUACCUUGACUGUCAAUUUAUUAUUAGUAAUGGGAGACAACCCUCAUCAGCCUGAUGCAUUCCAGCUGACUGACGCAGCAAAAGGUAAUACAUUAUCUCCCUUUACUGUCAAUUUAUUAUUAGUUACGGGAGACAACCCCCAUCAGCCUGAUGCAUUCCAGCUGACUGACGCAGCAAAAGGUAAUACAUUAUCUACCUUUACUGUCAAUUUAUUAUUAGUUACGGGAGACAACCCCCAUCAGCCUGAUGCAUUCCAGCUGACUGACGCAGCAAAAGGUAAUACAUUAUCUACCUUUACUGUCAAUUUAUUAUUAGUUACGGGAGACAACCCCCAUCAGCCUGAUGCAUUCCAGCUGACUGACGCAGCAAAAGGAAACGUGUACAAGUUCCGGGCAGGCACACAAGCUAUGGCCCUUACAUGGUGCAGACACCUUAGUGAAGCUUCCAAAAAGUUCCAGUUAAAAGCACCCUCAAAUCUGAUGUCAUUUGACUGAAAAACUGUAAAGUCGAGAUUUCCAGCACUGCUUCACUGUGAUAUGGACUUACAAUUCUCAAUACUGAUAGGUCAGAAGAGAUCGUGUGAUCAUAGCUCUCAACACUGAUUGGUCUGAAAAGAUCAUUUGAUCAUAAUUCUCAACAGUGAUUGGUCAGAAGAGAUGAUGUGAUUAUAACUCUCUCAACACUAAUUGGUCAGAAGUGAUCAUGUGGUCAUAGCUCUCAAUUCUGAUAAGUCGGAAGAGUUUAUUGGACUAUCAACUCUCAACACUGAUUGGUCAGAAGAGAUCCUGUGAUAAGCUAGGUGAAUGAACAGUAUCAAAUUCCCAACAUUUAUUGGGUACUGACAUGGUCCUAUAAUCAUUUUGAGAUUUUAAGGCAUGUUUUGAGAUUAUGGAACUUUACAAUUCCACCCCCUCCUACCAAACUUGAAGCAAUUUUCUUGUAGGGUUUCUGUUGUAACACAUGUGCAUUUGUGGAAAUGAAAGUAAUUGAUGGCAGGUUAUGUUUUUUGUAAACAAAAGGCCAGUAUUUGAAGAGAAUCAAUAUGGGGUAGCAAUAUUUGUGUAUCCUUGGUUUUAAUUUGAACUGUUCAGUUUCAGAUUGAAGCUGAACAUACCUGUGUGUUAAAGGCUUUGAACAUCUGAACAAUGAUACAUGUUUCAAACCCUGUUGCUGAUUUGUUGUUUGAAGUCAUACAAAAUGAAGUACAAUGAUUAUCAGCCAUAAAAUAUGUAAAAAAACAACACUUUCGGUGCUUUAUUGUUUGUAAGCCAACAUUAAACCUUAUUUUAUGAGAUGUGCAAUAUAAUGCUUAGGUUAAAUUUUGCUAUAUAUGUGCUUCAAUGUUUGUGUGACUGAAAUAUUUGUGACAAUAAUGUUGAUAAUAUUGUUAGGCAUGGAUGUCAAAUUAAGCUGCUCCUAGGUGCUUGAACUGAGAAAAUUUCAAGCUUUUAAUAUUGGCAUAUUUUGUGUGUUGUUUUUCUAAGAUGGAUCCUUUCUUUCAGUUAAAUUCUUUGACCUCCUUUCAUGAAAAAAUUGCGUUGUGUAUCAUCUGUCAGUGUGAUAGGGAAGGUUGCAUUUAGCCAUUCCAAGUAUUUCUUGAUUGUUAAUUUUUUUUUUCGGCUGUUGAAAAAUCAAGUGACUAUAUGAAAAGAUAGAAACAAUUGUGCAACUGAAAAAAUACACUUGAAAACGUUGUCAGUUUUAAUAACAUGGACUUUAAAGAGAUUUAACAGAAAGCAUUAUUUGUAAAAUACGGAAAUAUUGAUUUACAUUGUUAUUUAAUGAAUUCUGAGUACCAUGCAUAAUACUUAUUAUUAACUUGAAAAACUUUGUGUUUUUUAAGAAUAUUUUAUACUUUGAUAUGUUAGUGACAAUCAUGUUUUAUGCAUUUUAUUCUGAAUGGUUUUGUUAUUGAUAACAGGUGUUGGUUAUGCAAUUAUUAUGCUGUUAAUUUAAUUUAAAUAGUCAUGCCAAAAUAUGGAUUAGUGUUUAUUUCAUGUAAAUUAUUCACCACUGAUAAGUUAAUUUCAGCUGAUGUAGUGUUUUCUAUAACAACUGUUUAAGUUAGAUACUUGGAAACUGUUGACACCAGGCACUAUUACUAUUAUAUGUUUAAAUGUUGUGCAAAUUUGUAUAUUAUUACAAAGCUGAAUAAUUCAUGAAAACCAAAAAGUGUUUACUUUUGGCCUAAAAUUAAAUGAUGGGUAUUUUUCUUCAGAAACAUGUCUUUUCUUUGUUUAGAACAUACCCCAAAUAAAUUAUUCUUGUAUCCAUAACUUCCAGUAAGAGAACAGAAGGUAAUGUUGUUCUUUCCACUCAAUAAGCUUAUUGUCACACCAUGGACAGGUAUACAUAUAUAUGACAAGUAAAGAUGCACAUAGACACUCCAGUGUCAAAUCCUGCUGCUAGUGACAGGUCAUUGAAACGGGGUAUAAUUCCCAAUUGCUCAUAAGUUUAUCAUGCUGUUAUCUUUCAAUUUGAAAACUUCAUAGAGUUUUAUGGCACUUCACUCCUCAAGACUUCUAAAUGCCAUACCAAAACAAGUGAUUUUUGCAAAAAUGUUUUUACACGUAAACAAUUUUUAUAAACAAAUUGAAUUGCGUUAAUAUUGGUCGGUUAAAAAAAUAGUUUGUGAUCCACUGUCAUAGCAUUGGGAAACAUGACCCCAUAAGGUUUGUAUUGCCAUUAUGCCUGUACUCAUUAAAUCACUAGUUAAACAGGGUAUUCAUUUUGAAGAAUGAAAAUUGUAUUUAUUUCUUGUAUCUUCUUCUUUGUACUAUUUAGCUUCGUUAAGUGUUAACUCAUAUCUCUGCAAUAUUUCUUGUAUGCUUUGAGCAAUAAUUGCUACAUUUGUCUUUUUUUUGUAGUCAAAAUAGUCGUUAUAAAAGGUAUUGACACAACAAUGUGUGAUUCCAUUAUUACUUUAGAAAUUAUGGUCAUUUCCUUCUAGAAUCAUCCAACAUUCUUUCUUCUGUAUAGUUUGGAAACUUUGCUCAUUGCAUGUCAUGUUUUUGUGCAAAUGUCUUUAAUUUGUGUGUCUAAAAAGGCAUUCCAAUUUUGAAAUUAUAAUAGUGAAAUAUAGGGGUUUUUUGUUUUCGAAAAAUUAUUAUAUUAAUUUGUCAUAUUUUUCUUGGGAUUUGGAUUUGUUAGUAUGUUAAAGUAAAAAUGUCCAUAUAGUGUCAACAUUCUUUUACAUUUAACUUUUUAUUGUGCCUUUGUACGCUUAUCAAAAGUUUCCGUUUAAAACUUUAAGCCGACAAAACACUGUUUAUUUGUGCAAAUUAAUAAAUGCUGUUAUUAUCUAUUAUUUCACAACAGGUAAUAUUGCAUCAAUUACUAGGGUUCGGGUUGGUUGAUGUUCUACAAUGUGUAGAAGGCAGAAUCAUGUAAAAGUAUUAUCUGUAUGUUGUUUGCCCAACCUGUAAUUUUAAUUGACUUAAAUAGUUAAGUAACCAAAUAUUUUACAAGCAUAAUGCAUAUAUUAAAAUUGUAUAAAAGUAUAGAAUACAUGUUAACGUCUUUUGUAACAAUUCUUGAAGGAAUAUAGAACUUGUUGUUAUAUAUUUUACGAUGUCAACUAUGUAACAUUUUUAUUUUCUAUGGGUGGCAUAACUUUCUUGUUCAUGUAUUUUCCUCCGUACGUUCAUAGCCAUAAGCCGAGUUUUUGCAAUUCAUAAAAAAUAAAAUAAUAUUACCAAA